UGCAGCAAUUGUUGGUCCUGUUUGGUGGUUUACCAUUUGAUAGAUCACUAGUUAGAGGGAAUAUAACUAUUAAUACAGACGUGGCCGAUAAUUUAGUUCGAGCGAAGGUUUAUAGUCGACCAUGGAUGUAUUCGACCCAUCAGCAGUUAAUAUAAGGGUUUACUGAACAAAAACCUCGGACUUCGUUUUUGGUUCGAGAGUUGCGGUGUGUUUGACCUUCCGAGUUCGAACCAACGAGAUAGUAAUAGUAAUUCUCUAGACGGGAGCUAAAUUCUUCGUUUGACAGUUUUACCCAACACGCAGAAUGUUUCCAAUUCGUCAGACUGUGGCCAUUUUCCUGAUGGUUACAAAUGUGAUGCUGUUCUCUGUCGUGGUGUAUAAAACAUCACAGCUGUACACGGAACCGCACUCUACUAUCUUCAGUAACUCGGAGACAUGUCACAAGGUCACGUGUAAACCAGAAGAGACGUGCUGUGACGGCACUGCAACCAACAAAACCGUCAAUGGUUCUUUGUAUUGUUGUUACCAUGACUACGGGGAACGUAUUCGUAGUAUUAUGCUAAAGCAAUUGAAGGAAAAUUACGAAAGAGAUAUAAAACAUGAUGACCAUCUCCAGAGGGUGAGGAAAGUUGCUGCUGUUGUAAACGUAUUAUAGACCACGUAUUACACUUAGUUCGUAAUGUUAUUUCAGAUGACCAUCUCCAGAGGGUGAGGAAAGUUGCUGCUGUUGUAAACGUAUUAUAGACCACGUAUUACACUUAGUUCGUAAUGCUAUUUCAGAUGACCAUCUCCAGAGGGUGAGGAAAGUUGCUGCUGUUGUAAACGUAUUAUAGACCACGUAUUACACUUAGUUCGUAAUGCUAUAUCAGAUGACCAUCUCCAGAGGGUGAGGAAAGUUGCUGCUGUUGUAAACGUAUUAUAGACCACGUAUUACACUUAGUUCGUAAUGCUAUUUCAGAUGACCAUCUCCAGAGGGUGAGGAAAGUUGCUGCUGUUGUAAACGUAUUAUAGACCACGUAUUACACUUAGUUCGUAAUGCUAUUUCAGAUGACCAUCUCCAGAGGGUGAGGAAAGUUGCUGCUGUUGUAAACGUAUUAUAGAACACGUAUUACAUUUAGUUCGUAAUAUUAUUUCAGAUGACCAUCUCCAGAGGGUGAGGAAAGUUGCUGCUGUUGUAAACGUAUUAUAGACCACGUAUUACACUUAGUUCGUAAUGUUAUUUCAGAUGACCAUCUCCAGAGGGUGAGGAAAGUUGCUGUAAAUAAUUUCAGUUCGAGUUGUCUGAAGAAGAAAAGUAAAAGUGUUUUUGGGGAAAAAAACCAAAACAAAAAACCCACUAUACAUGUAUUUAUGUGCAAAUUAGAAAACAAACGGCUUAAAAAUAAAUAACUUUUAGUCCAAACUAUUGUGAGAAAUUGAUAAUUGUCUUUGUAAGAAACCAAGAUAAUUUUCUAAAUUAAAAUUAUGAUUGAUAAGGCGAUAAAAGAGACACUAGGAGGAAUCAGAUACUAAAAUGUAACAAGUUUGAUACAGUUGGUCAAAUAUUCUUUAAUUUGUUUAAUAAUAGAUUUUCUAUCAUGUCUGUAUUACUAAAACCCCACAUAUACGUAAGAAUAUGAAGUAUUUUAUCAAAAACUAACAACUGAAAGUCCACAGGUAAAAAACAAUUUCUAACAUUAAGUAAAUACAUUGCGGUUUUGCUCGAUUCACUAUAGCUGUUUUAGCAUCGAGGAAAUGUCUGAUUUAAAAAAAAUUACAAUACCUAUAUAGUCGUACUGCUCAACUAUCUCCAUAUUAUUAUUAUUAUUUAUUUUCAAAUUCACAUUAUACCUCUUAGAUCCAAACUCUACAAUUGUUGUUUUACAAACAUUCACUUUCAAUUUCCACAAUUUACAAUACUUGGCGAAAUAAUCUAAGCUCUUUAAAAACUUCUAAUACUCUUUAUUAAGAAUGUUUGUCGUGUAUUUUACUGUGUAUAUAUCGGGUGAGAUUUUAAUAAAAUAUCUUUAGAUCUGCCUAUUCGCUGGGUGAAUUAAAAAAAUAAAAAAAUGUGCAGGCUUGAAUAUGUUGUGUGUUAAUAAAAUGAUCACUAGAAAUCCAGUGUUGUGAAGUGA